UCUGGGUUUCACAUAUGCAGUAAGGUCCAACAAGAAUCCUCAGUAUCUUUAAAAGUGAGAAACAUAUUAAACUCUAACUCUAAACAACUGCCAAAGUAGUCAUAUACCGUAUGCCUUUUUUUCUGCAAGUGAAAUCUUGAAGAACGAUCAAAGUCAGCAUACAAAAGAAGGACAUCGCAUUUAUUCUUUUGAACUACUGUAGUGUUGUAUGUGCGAUUUGUUCGUAUUCUGCCAGAGGAAAGAAACCCCGAACAUUGUUGCAAACCCAGCAGUGGCUCUGUGAAACACCUGGAAAAAAGUACUUUGUCUUGGAGUUAAUCCCAGGGAGUCUUCAUCAUGAAGUGUACAGCAAUGGAAUGGCUGAGAGGAAUUACUCUUCUGUGUAUAGUCCAAACAGUUGUCACAACGGUCAUCCCAAAUUCUACCCACUUGGAGUCUCUCUUGGAAAAGUACAUGGACAAGGAUGAGAAGUGGUGGAUCUCCAAGCAGAGAGGGAAAAGAGCCAUCACAGAGAGUGACAUGCAGGCCAUUCUGGAUCUUCAUAAUAAACUGAGAGGUCAAGUGUAUCCCACAGCUUCCAAUAUGGAGUACAUGGUAUGGGAUACAGAACUUGAAAGAUCUGCAGAAGCCUGGGCUGAAACCUGUUUAUGGGAGCACGGACCGGCUAGCCUUCUCCCAUCAAUAGGUCAAAACCUAGGAGCUCACUGGGGAAGGUAUCGACCUCCAACCUUUCACAUCCAAGCCUGGUAUGAUGAAGUGAGAGAUUACACAUACCCAUACUCUCAAGAAUGCGACCCAUAUUGCCCCUUCAGAUGCUCUGGGCCAGUCUGCACUCAUUAUACACAGGUAGUAUGGGCAACAAGUAGCCGCAUAGGCUGUGCUAUCAACCUGUGUCACAAUAUGAAUGUCUGGGGACAGAUAUGGCCAAAAGCUAUUUACCUUGUUUGCAAUUAUUCUCCCAAGGGAAACUGGUGGGGCCAUGCUCCCUAUAAGAAUGGACGCUCAUGUUCUGCAUGCCCACCUAGCUAUGGGGGUGGCUGUAGAGAGAAUCUGUGCUAUAAAGAGGGCGGUUCAAACAGCCGCUACUCUCCUCAAGAACCUGAAGAAACAAACGAAAUCGAACGACAAAGGAUUAAAACACAAGACUCCAGACCAAGGACUCAUUCCCCGACCCCCUCUACAAGAACGGAAGAACUGGAUAAGAAUGAAAUUAUGAAUACAGAACAGAUGUCUCAACAAGUUAGUUGUGAAACAAGACUUCGUGACAAAUGUAAAGGAACAACUUGUAACAGAUACGAGUGCCCUGCUGGUUGUUUGGACAGUAAAGCUAAAGUAAUUGGAAGUGUUUAUUUUGAAAUGCAAUCCAGCAUUUGUAGAUCUGCAAUACAUUAUGGAUUGAUAGACAAUGAUGGUGGCUGGUUGGAUGUUACAAGACAAGGAAGAAAGGAUUACUUUAUUAAAUCAAACAAACACGGAGUACAAUCUAUAGGCAAAUAUCAGUCUGCCAACUCGUUUACAGUGUCGAAAGUACCAGUAAAAACAGUUACCUGUCAGACAACAGUGGCCCAAAUGUGCCCAUUCCAAAAACCAGUUACACAUUGUCCAAGGUUUUAUUGUCCCCAUAACUGCAUGCAGGAGAACCCACAUUUGGCACGUGUCAUUGGAUCACGGAUUUACUCUGAUAAAUCCAGUGUAUGCAGAACUGCUGUACACGCUGGUGUCAUUCGGAACAGUGUAGGAGGCUACAUUGAUGUGAUGCCUGUGGACAAGAGGAAGCAAUAUGUUGCUUCAUAUCAGAAUGGCAUAUUCUCAGAAAGUUUACAAAACCCACCAGGAGGCAAAGCAUUCAGGGUAUUUGCAGUGAUUUGAAGACCAUUCAACAAAAUGGAGCACUUGGAACGAAACAGUUGAUAAUUCCAAUGCUUCCUGUCAUUUAUGACAGUGAUUCAUUGAAAUCAGGAACUGUUUUAAGUAUUGUAUGAUGAAUAGCUUACUUCAUAAACACAGAAUAGGGAAGAUGACACUGUUCACAUAGAAGUUGUUACCACAGAAUAAUCAUUCGGUAUGAACUUACUAUUCCAUGUUAUAAAAAAGAAUGUUGGCAAUAUUUAGGCAAUAUUUUGUUAUAUAUAUAUAUAUAUAUAUAU